ACAUGCAUCAAUCAGCAGGCAGGCGUGUCCCUCUCCUCCCUCUCCCCUAUUUCUACCUGACUACCUCCCCGCCGGCGCCACUCGUCGCGCUCUCCACCGUCUACUCAUCCUCGCGAUCGGACGUUAGCACAGGUCUCCCGCGCGCUGCAGUUUCAGCUCGGAAGCUAGCUAGCUCUUCGAUCGAUCUCCGAUCCGGCGGCCAUGGACGACGACGGCUCCUCGUCGCCGGCUUCGUACAUCAGACUGGUGCAGCAUCUGAUCGAGAAGUGCAUCUGCUACAACAUGAACAAGGAGGAAUGCAUGGAGACGCUGGAGAAGCACGCCAACAUCAAGCCCGUCAUCACCUCCACUGUGUGGAAGGAGCUGGAGAAGGAGAACAGGGAGUUCUUCGAGACGUACAAGAAGGAUCGAGGAGAAGGGUCUUCGCAGAAGAAUCCAUCUGAGCAGGCGGCUCCUUCCAAGAGCUCAGACGACGACGGCGACUAAUUAAGAUUCCUCUUAUGAUCGAUGCGCGCAUGGUACAUUUUUUUGGAUAAAAGAAGCUUAAUUUAUUGACUCUCAACGUCAGCGCGCAUGGUACAGAUAUUGAGAGAGCUAUAUAUAUAUGCAUGAUCCGUAGCUAGUA